AUGGAUAAUUUUGUUAACUGGGUCGAUGCUCCGACAGAAUCGCUCAUUCCGUCGCCGAUCAGCGACGAAUCGAACAAUCUUCUUCGCGAUGAAGUUCUGCAAAUCCAUCAGUACGUGAACGACAAACUCGAUGAGCAGAUUACGAACGAAGCGGAAAGCGAAGACGAAAAAGGCAAAGAAGCGGAGCGAGCACUGAAGUUGAUGGCUGAUAUAAGUGCAGAAUCCUCGAGGUAUUCAAAUUUAGGGCAUCGAUCGCAUUGUUCGCAUUCAUUUUCAGAGCGGAGGCGUGUCGCAUAGACUUGAUGGAGCUUCAGAAAGCCUGUAGGAACUACGAUAUGCGUCUGAUUUCAAUGAAGCGUCUGUCGGAGUAAUGCAACUCGUUUUGAAUGCAGGAUUUUUCCAGAAAAUUUCGCUAUUUGUGAGAUGUCGCCUGACAACCACGACACAGUGCUGGGCGAUAUGAAAUUCGAUUUGGCAAAGUUAGAAGAUCGAUUCACGACUCGCGAAAACGGUAAAAUGCUUUAUCUUUCUCUUCAUCUCCAAUAUGGUUGGUUUUCAGAAGUCAAGAAAUUGCAGCAAAACGCGUUCAGAAACCAUACCGAAAUGAUGAAACAAGAGUUAAAAGUAAGAAGGAACAUGUGACAAGGGCUAGAAUAUUCAUUUUUCACAGAAAGUGAAAAAUUCGAUUCUCGAAGCGAAGAAGAGUCACGAAAAGUUGAGAUCCCUGCAGGAAAGUGUUUUCAGAAUGCAGACGGAGUACAGAGAAACUUCCAUCCGGCAAAGUAGAAGAGAACUUGCUUAUUUAGAAAAUAAUUACGAACAUUUUCAGAAAAUGAGAAUGAAUUAAACGACGCUCGGGGCAAAGCACUGGAAGCCAACAGGAAGAGAUUGGAGCAGGUAUCCAUGUUUUUCAAAGAUUUUUUCCUUGACCUACGAUUUUUAGCUGAACGAGGAAAGCGUCGAUCUUCGUGCCCAAAUCGUACAGCUCGAAUCAGCCAAGGCGACCAUGCAGAGCGAUGCGAACGAGGAAGAAAUUAAACGUCUGAAGGCGCACACGAAGGAAACUCGUCGGGAAACUGCCGUCCUGCUCGCAAAUAUUGAAAACGUUACGCAAGAAACGAAGGAAAAAGAGAAACAUGUGAAGAAGUUGAACAGUGUGAAAGUGGGAGAUUCGAAGAAACGGUACGAGAAGAAAUUGGCCAGUUUGGUGGCUCUUUUCCAAAAGAAAUUCGAGGAGGAGAAGGAGAAGGCGAAGAAGGAAGACGCUCAGAGAGAGAUGCACGAACUGAAAAAUGCGAUUGGAAAGGAAACGGUAGAGCUGGAGACCGCUAGAAACCGGCUGAACGAGCUGAAGCCAGAUGGCAUCAAAAAUGCGGCUGAACUGAAAAACAAGGUGAGUUUGAAGCAGUAGAGGCGGCCUCCUCGAACGCAAAUUUACAGCUGUCGGCGGCGGAAGCGAGUGUCAAGAAAAUUGAGAAAAAGAUCAAGGAGGCGAAUAAAAUGAAUAAUAAGCUGAAAACUGAGGUAGGUCACACAUUCCUGCGCUAAUAUAAAUAUUCAUUCCAGAUCGAAAUCCGAAGGCCGCCAGCAUCAGCCGAUAUAACAGUCGAAAUGGAGUCGGAGGUUCUCACUCAGUCGGCCUACAAAGAAACGCAGCGCCCCGUCGUCGAGUUCUCUCCGAUUCAGCCGGUUCGACCAGUGCAACUUGUCUCGAGAGAACCUUCUCACGAUGUGUUUAUCAGCAAUCCGAUUGCGACAAGCACUCCUCUCCAGCCGGCGCAAGGAAAGGCUUCUCGUGCUAAGGCUGCAGCCCGGCAAGUUUCAACUUCGUAUGUUUUGAUUCCAAACGAUAAUCCCGAGUUUUCGCAUUUUCAGGGUCGUUCGCACGCGCAGUGCUCGUAACCGUCUGGCGAAGACCGCAGCCGCGAAGAAUGAGAUGGUUCGUAAAAAUAAAAAAUAG